AUGUUGAACGCAUUGAUUUUGACGUUGGUACUUCACGUGAGCGGGCAAAUCGAUAUCAUGUGCGAGGAGUUGAAAACCAUCUCUUCCACGUGCAAAUCCAAUCCGUCGUCCACGAAAUCGCUCGUCAAACUACACCAGAAGAUCAUAUCGCUGUCGAAUAAUAUCGAGAAGUUCUUUUCGUUCGUCGCGCUCUUACAAUUCAUAUGGAACACUUUAGUUAUUUGCUCUAUUGGAUUCAUGGUCGUGAUAUCCUUAGAUACGAACACGGAGAGUAAAUCCGGUGUAAUGAUACAAUUUAUUAUUCCGUAUCUCGCAGUAACUAUAGAAGCGUUUGUUUUUUGUUUCGCCGGCGAGUACUUGAGCACUAAGAGCAGGUCUAUCGGCGACGCUGCAUACGAAGCGGUUUGGUAUGAUUUAUCCAUCAGCGAGUGCCGAAUUUUAUUAUUCGUGAUCCUCAGGUCUCAAAAACGAUUAACGAUCACGGCUGGGAAUGUCAUGGAUCUGUCACUCGAAGGUUUCACUUCCAUCAUGAAAGCUUCGGCGUCGUAUAUUUCAGUGCUGCAUGCGAUGUACUGA